CUGUCACAGACCCACUCUUCAUCACCACUCUGCUUCCUUCCCUUUCUAUCUUCCAUCACUGCCUUCAUAACUUCCAUUUUCAAAACCUCCAACCUCUGUCCAUGGCAGCUUUUUCAUUCCAAUACCACCCUUUCCUUGUUGACUCUCCAUUUUUCUCUAGUGCUCCCAUUAAGAUGCCAGCUUUCACUGAGCAGCCUCAGGUUCAGGCUCAGGCUCAUACAAAUCCUGCUCCUCAGUUUCAAGAGACAUCUUUAGAGAAUUGCUUCGUUGAUCAAAGCUCCAAGUUUAACAUGAGUGAUAAUGAGCCUUCUUCUGUGACCAAAAACCAGAGUCCUGAGACCUCUGUGGUGUUGGAUAAGCUUGAACCUGGUGAGCAGGUUACUCAGAAGGUGACUCCUAUGGAGAAGAGGAGGAGAAACAGGAAUCGUUCUUCCCUGAGUCAUCCUCAAUCGAAGGAGCCUACCGGAGAAAGAAACAAGAGACAAAAAAAGAGCAACAAUGGUGAGGUGAAGGAAGGAGAUAAGCCAAAAGAUAAAAAGAAGAAUCAGAAGAAGAGUCCUGAAGAACCUCCAACAGGUUAUAUCCACGUAAGAGCAAGAAGGGGUCAGGCAACCGAUAGCCACAGCCUAGCUGAAAGGGCAAGAAGAGAGAAGAUAAGUGAGAGGAUGAAGUUGUUGCAGCGACUUGUGCCAGGCUGUGAUAAGGUGACUGGAAAAGCCCUCAUGUUGGAUGAAAUCAUCAAUUAUGUUCAGUCCCUACAAAAUCAAGUGGAGUUCUUGUCAAUGAAACUUGCUUCUGUGAAUCCCAUGUUCUAUGACUUCACAAUGGACCUUGACUCCCUCAUGAUCAGACCAGAGAAAUCAAAUUGCGUGGCAUCAGCACCGCCAUCUGUGCAACAAGGCAACCUCAACCAGGCCACAACUUUUGCUGAUACAACCACCAUUACCGCCACCGCUAGCACUGGCUUUCCUACUGCUAAUGACUAUCCAUUGGACAAUUCAGCUUCUUCUUUUCUCCAAGGACAGAGAGCCAAUGUCUUAUCUGAGGACACAGGUAGUCAAUUCUGGGACAUAGAAGACCCACGCCAAAAGUUUCUUCAUCCGUAUGGGAUCAACAACAGCUUAUGUUUCUUUCAUUAACAAUAAAUUUAUAUACAGCUGCCCUGCAAGGCAACAACAUGUUAGGAUUUAUCUUUUCCAGUAGGUACGGCAGCUCCAGACAGCCACGAGAAUCAGUGAAAAAGUAGUUCUUAUGCUCGAAAGACCAGAGCCACACUUGGAAUCAUUAUUAUCAGUCGGAGAAGAAAUUAGAAUUGGUCGCCAUAAUAUUAUCUCUGGCUUGGUUCCUAGUCCAUCAGAUUAAAGUGGCCUUUAGGACAUGAAUAAAGGGCGGCAAAAUCAAUGGAUGAAGAACCCAGAGGACAUAUACUGCCGACCAAACAAGACCAUAUCUUUUCUAGAUCCAUUGUUCUGUUCCUGUUAACUCUCCAAGUGAUAUGUUGCACAUAUUCCAAGAUGCUCUGGGUCAAUCUUAAAGACAUCAGACUUUGAAUAGAUCAUUUCAAUCAUGUAAAUUAUAUUAUAUGUGUGUGUGUGUAUAUUAAAAAAAGAUUCUUGUGGUGGCAGUUAUUCCGUUGCAACAGUUAAUUUCACCGUUAUUGAGAAAUGAGAGGCCGAUGCUACGAUCAUGUUCUUGACAUGACAAGCUACGCAGUUUUCUGAUCAGUUAGCUUUAUGUAUAUGUUAUCUGCGGAAUCUUCAGAGGUUUGGCCUUAUUAUAUUUUC